AAUCCCAAAACCCUCAAUAACAGUUCUGCAAGAUGCCUUCAAUGCAUUCGACAAGGACAAGACCGGAAGCAUUCCAGUGGACGUGGUCGGUACCAUUUUGGAUCUGCUCGGCUACGGGCUGUCCCAGGAGGAGCUGGAGGAUGUGAUGGAGGAGUACGACAGCGACGAGUCGGGCCUGAUCGAGUUCAGCGAGUUUGUGGAACUGGCGUCCAACUAUGUGGAGCCGGAGGAGGACUACGACACGCUGAGGAACGAGCUGCGCGAGAUCUUCAUGCUGUACGAUCGGGACGCCAAGGGUUAUAUUCCAGUAGAUGCAUUCAAAGCGAUCCUCCGGGAGUUGGAUGGUGCAGUGCCCGAUGAUGAACUGGACGAUAUUGUCGAUGAGAUUGAUGCCGACGGAUCCGGCACUGUAGAUUUUGAAGAAUUCAUGGAGGUUAUGACAGGUCUUUAAAACCUUCACGAGCCUUCCAGUACAAUCCUAUGCUUCCUGAAGUUUUCUUCAACUUUUCCUAUCAACUAAGUUCAAUUAGAGCAGAAAUUAGAACAGUUUAAACUUAAGAAAAAUAAAAUUACCAAAUAUCUAAGUCAACUAAUGAAACGACGAUCCAUCCAAUUUUUCUCAUCGAUUCCCUUCAGAAAUAUGACGUCACUUGGCUGAUUGCUAUCAUUAGUAUUUUUUAAAGUGUUUUCAGCUUACAUCACCGUUUGGUACUCAAUUUCAUUCAACAAUAAAUCCUUAUAAAUUAUC